ACUAUUGUAAAAUGAAACUUAAGACACCCAUAUAUCAGCCAUUGUUCCAGCGGACAUUGAAGAUCAAUUUCCUGCCACAACCCUCCAUAAAGCGCACCCUCAUCAGUCCCUAUCCGAACUGGUUCGUCCAAUGAACGAAGUCUGUUGAGUUGCAAGAAGGAACAUCAAAGAUCACGUUAACGGGUUGGAGAACCAGCUUUGAUUGCCAUUAGGAUAAUAUAUUAAGAUGUCGAGAAAAGUUAAAGCAACUCCAGUCGGUAUUGAUCUUGGAACAACAUACUCCUGUGUUGCUGCCUGGUUCGAUCAACACAACCGUGUUGAGAUCCUACCUAAUGAACAGGGUAAUACCAUUACCCCAUCAUGUGUUGCUUUCAACGACACGGAACAUUUGGUAGGUGAGGGUGCCAAAAACCAAAUCACUAGGAACCCUCAGAACACUGUUUUUGAUGUUAAGCGGAUUAUGGGAAGCAGAUUCAGCAAUAUCAGAUUGCAAAAAGACAUAGAAUCGUGGCCUUUUAAGGUUAUUGAAGGAUCUAGUGAUAAACCAGUGAUCGUACUUGAACACAUGGGUGCAAACAAGGAGUUUUCAGCUGAAGAAAUAUCUUCCAUGAUUCUAAAGAACUUGAAAGAGGCUGCUGAGGCAUACCUUGGAACACCUGUUAGAGAUGCAGUGAUUACCGUCCCUGCAUAUUUUAGUGACAAGCAACGCCAGGCAACAAAGGAUGCCGGUACGCUGGCUGGUCUCAAUGUCAUGCGCUUGAUCAAUGAACCCACAGCAGCUGCAGUUGCCUAUGGUCUAGACAAGUUUGCUGAUCCAAACCACCCGCACCAUAAAAACGUUUUAGUCUUUGAUUUGGGUGGGGGGACAUUCGAUGUGUCACUUCUUGCUAUCAGCAAGGAAGGAACCAUAACUGUUAAAGCUGUUGGGGGUGACACUCGUUUGGGUGGAGAGGAUUUUGACAAGGCGAUGGUUGAUCAUUGUGUACAAGAAUUUAAGAGAAGACAAAAUAAAGAUGUCAGUAAAAAUGCAAGAGCAAUGGGAAGGUUGAAAGUUGCGUGCGAGAAAGCAAAGAGGGAUUUGUCUUCAACAACACAAACGUCGAUUUCCAUUGAUUGCUUGUAUGAUGGAACUGAUUUUACGAUGAAAUUCACCCGAGCAAAGUUUGAAGAGCUAAAUGCUAGCUUUUUUAUAAAGUGUAUUGAACAUGUGGAAAGUUGUUUAAGAGAUGGGAAUAUGCAAAAACAUGAUAUUGAUGAUAUAGUCCUUGUUGGUGGGUCAACUAGGAUUCCUAAGGUACAACAAAUGCUAAGGGACUUUUUCGACUCGAAACUACUUUGCAAGAGCAUUAAAGCUGAUGAAGCUGUGGCUUAUGGUGCAGCAGUGUUGGCUGCAAACUUAAGUGGUAUUGGUAAUCAAGUUGUGAAGGAUUUGAUACUUUUAGAUGUGGAAAAAAUUAAAGCAACUCCAAUCGGUAUUGAUCUUGGAACAACAUACUCCUGUGUUGCUGUCUGGUUUGAUCAACAUGAUCGUGUUGAGAUCUUUCCUAAUGAACAAGGUAAUACCAUUACCCCAUCGUGUGUUGCUUUCAACGACACAGAACACUUGGUAGGUGAGGGUGCCAAAAACCAAAUCACAAGGAACCCUGAGAACACCAUUUUUGAUGUGAAGAGGAUUAUGGGAAGCAGAUUCAGCAAUAUCAGAUUGCAGAAAGACAUAGAAUCGUGGCCUUUUAAGGUUAUUGAAGGAUCUAGUGAUAAGCCAAUGAUUGUACUUGAACACAUGGGUGCAAACAAGGAGUUUUCAGCUGAAGAAAGAUCUUCCAUGAUUCUAAAGAACUUGAAAGAGGCUGCCGAGGCAUACCUCGGAACACCUGUAAGAGAUGCAGUGAUUACCGUACCUGCAUAUUUUAGCGACAGACGACAAGCAACAAAGGACGCUGGUACACUGGCUGGUCUCAAAGUUAUGCGCUUGAUCAAUGAACCGACAGCAGCUGCAAUUGCCUAUGGUUUAGACAACUUUGCUGAUCCAAACCACCCGCACCAGAAAAACGUUUUAAUCUUUGAUUUGGGUGGGGGGACAUUCCAUGUGUCACUUCUCGCUAUCAGCAAGGAAGGAACCAUAAGUGUUAAAGCUGUUGGGGGUGACACUCGUUUGGGUGGGGAGGAUUUUGACAAGGCGAUGGUUGAUCAUUGUGUACAAGAAUUUAAGUAAAGACAAAAGAAAGAUGUGAGUAAAAAUGCAAGAGCAAUGGGGAGGUUGAAAGUUGCUUGUGAGAAAGCAAAGAGGGAUCUGUCUUCAGCAAUACAAACGUUGAUUUCCAUUGAUUGCUUGUAUGAUGGAAUUGAUUUUUCAAUGAAGUUUUCCCGAGCAAAGUUCGAAGAGCUAAAUGCUAGUUUCUUUAUAAAGUGUAUUGAACAUGUGGAAAGUUGUUUAAAAGAUGGGAAUAUGCAAAAACAUGAUGUUGAUGAUAUAGUCCUAGUUGGUGUGUCGACUAGGAUUCCCAAGGUACAACAAAUGUUGAAGAAGUUUUUUGACCCGAAACUACGUUGCAAGAGCAUUAAAGCUGAUGAAGCUGUGGCUUACGGUGCAGCGAUGUUGGCUGCAAAGUUAAGUGGUAUUGGUAAUCAAGUUGUGAAGGAUUUGAUACUUUUAGAUGUCACCCCUUUGUCCCUUGGUACCCGUGUCAAAAAACAAGAUAUGGAUGUAAUAAUCCCAAGGAACACACCUAUACCCACCAUGAAAGAGAAAAUUUAUGUGACAGCUAACGAUGACCAAGAAUCUAUUACAGUCGAUGUGUAUCAGGGUGAGUGUCGUAAAGUGAAAGACAACAUCUUCCUUGAUGAGUUCGAUCUUCAUGGUAUUCCACCAGCUCCUGCAAGGAAGCAAGAAAUGAAGGUUUGCUUUAGUAUAGACGCCAAUGGUAUACUUGAGGUCUUGGCUGAGUUGGAAUCUACGGGGAAAAAAAGAAGUACGGUAAUUGAUGGGAGUGGAAAUGUGUCCAAGGAGGACAUUGAGAAGAUGCUAAAAAAGAUUGAGCUUUUUAGAAUUGCAGAUUUAAAUUAA